AUGGCGGCACCGGUAGGGCAGCUGGCUGUGGACGAAUACGGCAACCCCUUCAUCAUCCUUGAGGAGCAGGCGAAGAAGAAGCGCCUGUCCGGCCUCGAUGCGCAUAAGGCGAACAUCCUGGCAGCAAAAGCCAUCGCCGAUUCUGUCCGGAGCUCGAUGGGCCCCAGAGGGAUGGACAAGAUGGUCGUUGGACCAGACGGGGACGUUACCGUCACAAAUGACGGUGCCACGAUCCUAGAAAAGAUGGAUGUGCAGCACCAGAUAGCGAAGCUUCUCGUCGAGCUGUCGGCGUCCCAGGACCACGAGAUUGGCGAUGGCACCACGGGGGUGGUUGUCAUGGCUGGCGCGCUCCUGGAGAAGUCCUUGGACCUCAUCGAGAAGGGCAUCCAUCCGCUUCGCAUCGCCACUGGCUUUGAGAAAGCCUGUGAGGUGGCCGUGAAGCGGGUGGAAGAGAUCGCAAAGGUCAUAGACAUCCUUUCGGAAGAGCAAGCGGCGCUGAAGAAGGCUGCCAGCACCGCCUUGGGCUCCAAGGUGGUCAGCAGUCGGAAAGAUCAGCUUGCCAAGAUCAGCGUGGAUGCUGUUCUGGCAGUCUGCGACUUGGACCGGAAGGAUGUGAACUUCGACCUGAUCAAGGUGGAGGGCAAGGUGGGUGGAAAGCUCGAGGACACCUGCCUGAUCCAGGGCAUUGUUGUCGACAAAGACUUCAGCCAUCCUCAGAUGCCGAAGAAGGUCCAGGAUGCCAAAAUGGCCAUCCUCACCUGCCCCUUCGAGCCCCCCAAGCCAAAGACCAAGCACAAGCUCGACAUCCGCACCGGCGAGGAUUACAAGAAGCUCUACGAGCACGAGCAGAAGUAUUUUCGGGAGCAGAUUCGACUCAUCAAGGAGUCCGGUGCGAAUCUGGUGAUCUGUCAGUGGGGCUUCGAUGACGAGGCCAACCAUCUGCUCUUCCAAAACAGCCUUCCAGCAGUCAGGUGGGUCGGCGGUGUGGAGCUGGAGCUCAUUGCAAUCGCCACGGGUGGGAGGAUCGUUCCACGUUUUGAGGAGUUGACUGCCGACAAGCUCGGGAAGGCUGGGCUGGUGCGUGAGGUCACCUUCGGCACGAUGAAAGAGCAAAUGCUCAUCAUCGAGGAGUGUGGCAAGAGCAAAGCGGUCACUGUGCUUGUCCGUGGCGGCAACCAGAUGGUAGUGGAUGAGGCAAAAAGAUGUCUCCAUGAUGCAAACUGCUGCGUCAGGAAUCUAAUUCGAGAUCCCCGAGUGGUUCCGGGAGGAGGAGCUAGCGAGAUGGCAGCUUCGUUGGCAGUUUUGGCAGCUGCAGACAAGGAGCAGACCAUUGAUCAGUACAGCAUGAAAGGCUUCGCGUCAGCGCUCGACGUCAUUCCCAUGGCGCUCGCCGAGAAUAGCGGCCUGCAGGGGAUUGCGGAGAUGGCGAAGCUCAAGGCUAUCCAGGAGACGUCUGGAAACGCCUGGCAUGGUGUCGACUGCAUGCAGACCGGGACGACGGACAUGUGGGCACAGAGCAUCUACGAGGCGUGCGCCUCGAAAAGCUCCCAGCUUCGCUUAGCCACCCAGGUCGUAAAGAUGAUCUUGAAGAUCGACGACGUGCUCACCACAUCCGACGUCAUCGAUGAAUAG